AUGGCGCCCACGCUUCACCCGGCCAAGGCUGCUCCUGCGCUAAGCAUUCCUGGCGGUGCUUCUGCAAGAGUUUCAAUCAUUGAUACUACCUCCUUCAUCCAAGCCCCGGUCGGCCUUUUCAUGCAUCCACCGAUGCCUGGACACGAACAUCUCAAAGUCCCAGCGUUCAGCUUCUUGGUCGAGCAGCAAAAGUCCAGCCGGAAAAUCCUGUUUGAUCUGGGAAUGCGAAAGGACUGGCAGAGUCACCCUCCCGCCGUCAUGAAACUCAUCUCAGGGCCUGGCUGGGCAAUGGACGCCAAAAAGAACGUGGCCGAGAUUUUGCAAGAAAAUGGGACUGAUGUCGCCGGCGGCUCGAUCGAAGCGGUCAUUUGGAGCCAUUGGCAUUUCGACCACACUGGCGACGUUUCGACCUUCCCUCACAGCACCAAGUUGAUCGCAGGGCCGGGAUUGAAGGAUACUUUCUACCCGGCUUAUCCUGACAACAGCGAAUCGCCUCUUCUCGAGAGUGACUUUGCGGGUCGCGAGUGCGAAGAAAUUGACUUUGCCAAGGGGCCGACACUGAAAAUCGGUAAUUACAGAGGUAUCGACUAUUUCGGAGACGGGUCCUUUUAUAUCCUUGAUGCCCCUGGCCAUGCUGUUGGGCACGUGGUUGGUCUCGCCCGUGUGACAUCAGCUCGAGAGGGUGAUCCUGAAGAUACCUUCAUCUUGAUGGGAGCGGACACUGCCCACCAUGGUGGAGAAUUCAGACCAACUGAAUACCUUCCUCUUCCCAAAGACAUCUCGCCGUCUCCCUACGUUGCCAAAUACUCUUCAGCCUGCCCCGGCCACAUCUUUGAGUCGAUCCAUCCGCACAAGAAGGCAAACGAGCCUUUCUACCACCUUCACGAUGAGAUCCCACACAACAAACCAGACGCCGACCACUCAUGUGAGCUCAUGCAGGAGUUCGAUGCUGUGGACAAUGUUUUCGUCAUCAUCGCUCAUGACGCGACUUUGCUGGAUUCACGGGUCGGGAUUGAGUGGUAUCCACACGGGACCCUGAAGAACUGGAAGGCAAAGGACUGCGACAAUAAGGCUCGCUGGUUGUUCUUGCAGGACUUUACACAGGCUUUGGAAUGA